AUGUCUUCAAGAAAAGAGAAAUGUAUGCAGUGGCAUUUAAUAAUUAGUAAAAGAGAGCUACAUGAUUGCCAAUUCCCUUGUCAAAAGAAAAUGCUGCAAGAUGUCAUAAAGCAACUGCAAGACACGCAUGAAAAUUUUAACAAACUAAAAGAUUUUGUUUAUAACCUAAGAACUUUAGAAGAGAGAGAUGAAGGGUUAGAACUCUAUGAUGUCACAUUCACUCACCUGAAAACUUCUGAAAAUGCUAAACAGGCAGAGAUUAGUGAUCUUAGAUUACAGCUGGAUAAACUGAAGGAAAUGUUUGUCAAUGAAAGAAGAAAAAGAGACAAAUACUAUCAACAAAAUCUUGAAGAGCAUCAGUUAGAGCUGGAACAAUUUUGCAGUUCUAAUGACAGUCACAUAGGUCAUCAGUGUGAGGAGUAUAUAAACCUGAAGUGUCACAUGGAGAGAAAAACCCAAGAAGUAGAAGGAGAGCUUGCUUGUCAGAAACAGGCUGAAGCUGAUCUACAGAGGACAGGCUACAGGUUGCAUGAAGUGGAAACUCUUCUUUCUGCUAUGACUGUUGAGAGAGAACAGACAAUACAAGCAUCAUCGCUGAACUAUGGUAUUUUACCUGAAGGAGAGAAACAGAUACUUCAAUAUGAUGAUAAAAGUUAUCUUAGAAAAGAUAUUCCAAUCUUGGAAAUACAGAAGCUGAAGGAGCAGAAUGCCAGCCUUCGGGCUGCUGUUGCACAAAUGAGGAAAGAAAUGGAGAGUCUUGAUGAACAGAUGCAGUCCUCUCUUCCUCUGACGGAACAAACUAUCACUGGCCUAACUGCAGAAAUCUCGUCACUCACUCCUGGUAAUUUGAUGGAAAGGGCUGAGGGUUCAUUUUGCACAGACCAAGUUUCAGUUAGAACCACGUUGAACAACAUCAAUGUCAGCUCAAAUAACUUGGGUUGUAUAAUAAACCCAAACACAGAAAAGGGGUCAAAAACCAAAGCUCUUGAACAAAAGACGGUAGAUUUUGGCCCUAUCUCAGAUAAUUGUUGUCCUGGUGUUAGUCUUCAGUAUGGUUUCAGCUGCCCUCUACAAGGAAUGCAAAAUAAACUGAAUGAAGCAGCAAGGAAAAUAUCAGUUCUGAGCCAAGAGAAGCAGCAGCUGAUUGAAAUGGGAAACAGACCCAGAGCAGAUAUUGGAAUGGUAUUAAAGGAAGGACUUUGGCAUCCCAUUAGCUCUAAGCACUGCACAGUUUGUGUUGCCUCUGGUAGCCUUUCUCCAAGAGAGCUUCUCAAAAGAACACAGUGUCAGCUUUCAGCUUUAAAGCAUCUACAACACAGGCUUGCAACACAGGAGCUGCAGUAUGCAAAGCAACAACAUCUCUCAAGGAUCUCUUCCAUAAUUGCCUGCCCUAAGUUAAAGGGAGAAAAAGCUCCAAGCAGCUGUGGGGAAGAAACAGAAUUACCAUCUGCUCAGGUUAAGCUAGAUUUCUCUACUGGAAAUUGUGGGCCAGAGCAACAAAAGGCACAUGCAUCCUCAAAGAUGGUUCAAAGUCAGCCGCUCAAGGAAAGUCCUAGUCAAGCCCAGCAGACCUGGAUUUCUUCAUCUAGAGCACAUAGAUCUUGCCAAGGUAUUUGGCAAACUUUAGAAAUGAGAUCAAGGCCUUCUAUUCUCAGUUCUCAAAACAACACUAAACAAGCAUUGGAGUUUGAAGUUACAUGUUCAAAUGAGCAAUCUGAAGAAUCUCAGCAAAAUAUCAAAGGCAAGGAUAAACUCGAAAUGCCAGCUGCAGAUUUGACAGUCAGAGGUACCAAGCUGGAAGUUCAGCAGAAGUUAAAAUCCAGGAUUUUAUCUUGUACUUAUCCCAUAAAACAAAAAAGCUCUUCUAACAUGUCAAAAAUCCGCAACUAUAAUAUUAAAGACUGAUUUCUCUGUUGGCAGCAAGUUUCAGUCCGUGCUUGCUAUUAAUUUACAUUAAAAGAAUAUAAAUUAGAUC